AUUAAAGGUAAAUCACUGAAAUAUAGUUGUUUAUUUUACUAUUUUAUAAUGGAAGUUGAUCUUUUUAUGUGUUGUCUCAUAAUAUGAAGUAUUUGUUUCAACUAUUUUCACUACGUCCAUACCGACCAUAUCCUUCUCGUUUUCUGAGUUUUGUAAAUCCAGUUAUUAAUUAUAAUCUUAAACCUCGACCAACACCAGAAAUUAUGAAACUUGAAAACUCACAAUACGGUUUUAUAUUCUCUCCGCAACUUACCACAGUAUUACAAGUUUUUGACAAGUAUAAAUACGAAAUCAGACUUUGUGGAGGUGCAGUACGCGAUAUAUUGUUAGACAAAACGCCUACUGAUCUAGAUUUUGCCACUACAGCUACCCCUGACGAAAUGAUUGAAAUGAUGGCGAAAGAAAACAUUAGAGUAGUUAAUAAAGGUGGUUUAAAACACGGAACAGUAACUUCUCAUGUUGAUGGUGUUAAUUUUGAACUUACUACGCUAAGAAUUGAUGUUGUUACUGAUGGCAGACAUGCUGAUGUUGAAUACACCAAAGAUUGGUCACUAGAUGCGGGACGGAGAGAUUUAACAGUUAACUCCAUGUUCUUAGGAAUGGAUGGCACUGUAUAUGAUUAUUUUAAUGGAUAUGAAGAUUUAAAGAAGCGUCAAAUAAGAUUUGUAGGUGAUCCUAAAUUACGCAUCACUGAGGAUUAUUUGAGAAUUUUACGAUACUUCAGAUUUUAUGGCUGUUUGGCUACUGCACCUAACCUUCACGACGAAUAUAUACUUGAAGCAAUAAAACAAAAUGGCAAUGGACUCAAAAAAAUAUCUGGUGAACGGAUUUGGUCAGAACUUCAUAAAAUUUUAGAAGGAAACUAUGGACCUGAUAUAAUGAAGACUAUUCUAAAUUUAGGGCUAAGUCCAUAUAUUGGUCUUCCUGAACAACCCAAUAUAGACGAGUUUGAUAAAGUUAUUAAUCGAAGCAAAGGCUUAAAAUUACAACCAAUUACUAUGUUGGUAUCAUUCUUAAAAGAUAAACAAGAUAUGAUUGAUCUUAACAAUCGUUUAAAGUUUCGAGUGUUUGACAGGGACUUGGGAUUAUUCAUAGUAGAAAGUAGAGAUGAAAAAUGGACACCAGACACUAUUAAAAUGAAUAAAAUAAAAAUUAUACAAAACCCAACCAAACAAGGAGUUAUGAAAGAGUAUAUUGAACAGUUAUUAAUGUACAAUAAUGACAGAACCAUUCUUGAAGAAUUCGAAAAAUGGACACCGUUAAAGUUUCCUAUUACAGGAAAUAUGAUUAAAAGUCAUGGGGUGAAAGAUGGGAAGAAAAUUGGAAUAAUUUUGAAGAAACUUAUUGAAUACUGGGCAGAUGAUGAUUUCCAAACCGAUAUCGAAGAGUUGCUAAAUUUGAUACCUAGAGCUGAAGAUGAAUUGAAAUGAAAUAAUUUUUUUGUAGAUUACUUGUUUUUGAAUUGAUAAUUAUUUUUCUUGUACAACUAUAGUGUUAUAUACUAUACAGAAUAAAUAUUUCUCAGUUAAAAUAAAAUAAUUUAAUUGAUAUAACAACAAAAAAUGUAAAUAUUUACUAAUCGUGAAUAAAAUCAUGGUAUAUGAAAUUAAUUGUUUACAAAUUAAAAUUAAAUAAUUGUUAAUCAAAUUUUGGAUUUUAUGAAGUAUUUGUAACUUAGUGUUACAUACCAAAGUUGAUUCAACUUAAAAAUUAAAUUAACAUGUGAUAUUUAAAAAUGUAUUAAACUAUUAUUGGCAUACCUAAAAAUCCAAACUUAAAUUAUAUUUUAAUUUUCUUCAUUCUUCAUUUAGUUGUCGUGUUUAUUGUAUAUAUUAAUAUACCUGUAUUUACUUAGGUUUAAAUAUGAUAUCAGUGAUAUUGUCGUGAAGGAGUUAGUACUGUGUAUUCUUGUAGUCUACCUAGAUUAUUUAAAUCAUACACAAAGUUUUUACUAAUUUUAAUUUAUAUUGUGUAUGUAUAAAUACUACUUCAUGCCUUGAUUUAAGUUGUCCACUACUUGAGCAUCCCCACAUUUUCAAAUUAAACUGUGACUAUUAUGUUGAUAUCUAUCCACUUUUUUCAAUCCAAUUAAAAUGUUUAAAGAAAUAUACAUAAUAUAUAGUAUCUUCAUAAAUACUCAACACAUUGCUGUACUUGUAUUAAAGAGAUUUGAUUAUCAUAUAACAUAUUUGUAAAAAUUAUCUUCAGUGAAUAAAAUAAAUGUUGUUUUAUAUUUA